AACAACCCUUCAUCAUCCCAAUUGGAAGGCCGGCAUCAAACGAAAACAACCCAUCUCCUCCAAUUAUCACAGCCACCAAAAUCGUCGACAAACCGCCGACACCACCAUUCCUCCCACUUCCCAGCCAAAUCCUGUCCUCCACCCGUCCACAAUAUCAUCACCUUUGUCAAAAUCUGCCCAUAGCCAAAACCCCAAAUUCAUGUAUCAUGAUACAAUGCCUACCAGCUCCUGAGAAAAUCUAGUCAAAACCAUCCAUGAAGAGCAAAGCAUAAUCGCCACCAAGAAGCCUCUAGUUUGAUGCAUCGACAAUCGAGGUCGAAUCGAUAUUUCUCCCAUAUCUGGUGAAUAUUUAGACCUGAAAUUCAAGAAACCUAGGAGAGACCAUGAUGAAGAUUGAAGAGUGGAUUUUGACUGAGGUGGUGGUGUUGUGGACGUGGAUGAUUGGAUUUGGCAGGAAAGAGUGGCGGUGCAGGCGGUUUUCCGGUGAUUUUGGUGGUAAUGAUAAUUGAAGGAGACGGAUUGUUUUCCUUCGAGGUCGGCGGUUUUAGGAAGAUGAAGGUUUUGCGUCUUGAGGUGUUGUUCGUGUGAUGGAUGAUAACAAUUUGAUGGGCGAAAAUUUGGUGGAUCUUGAUUUGAACCAAGAACCGUUGGACCCACCUGUGAAUUCAGAUUCGAGAUUUGGAUCUAUGUUGAAUGAGUUGGAAACUACCCAUGGUAGGAUAGAGGAGAGGAUUAGACAGCUCGAAGCUGUCACUGCUCUUGCUAGGCAGCGCCAAUUGCGUAAUGCCGUUGAAAUAAGUGACUUUUCUGGCGAACAUGUGGAUGGUGAGAGAGGUGCUUUUAGAGGAAGUGGUGGUGGUGUUAUAGAAAGGAGCUCUGAGAGAGGAAAAGGUUGUAAAAGGGGUAGUUCCUAUUUGGUUGCAAAGGCUUUGGAGAUGAAUUCCGAUGUUAAGAAGGUUGAUAAGGAAGGUGGGAGCUUCUACGAUUGUAAUAUAUGUUUGGAGGUGGCAAGGGAACCUGUAUUGACUUGCUGUGGUCACUUGUUUUGUUGGGUGUGCUUUUAUCAAGUCUCGUAUAUUGAUUCAACUUCUAAGGAAUGUCCGGUUUGUAAAGGAGAGGUAUCUGAUAGCACUGUGAUUCCUAUUUAUGGGAAUGGGGAUAGUGAACCUGUGGCUGAGUUGGAAUCCGGCUUGAAGAUUCCUCCAAGGCCCAAAGCUCAGAGAAUAGAGAGUUUGAGGCAGCAGCAAGUGACAAAUGGUCUAUCUCAUGUUCCAGUUGCGGAAGCAUUGAGGCGAAUUAGGAUUAGUAUUGGUGCAAUGGGGGAUCAAACUGAGGGUGGUAGUCGUAAUUUCAGAUUCGAGUCUGAUGCUCCAGAGGUUCAAAUUGGAGAGGCAGCAAGCCGCCACCGCCUUAGGGUCCAGCGGGUUUCAAGAGUAUUAUCCGAAAGUGCUGCUUCUUUGUCUUCCCUUUCAUCUGCUUUGAGUAAUGAUGAAAGUUUAGUUGCUGAAAGGUUAGUUGAGGACCUUGAAACUGUUUUUAACAACCGGGUUUUAUGGAGUGAUGCCCAGGGUUCAUCUGUUGAGACUGGGAAUAAUCCUCUUACUAGUGAUUCUGCUGUUAUACAAUCUGACCAUCAGGCUCUAGAUUCAAGUUUAGCUGUUUCCUCCUCUUCCCAAACAAGGGAUGUUCCUAGUACUGUUGUACAUAUCCUGGCAAUGAGCACAACGAGUGAAAUCAAUUUGCCCGUGGCACCUUCUUCUUCUGCUACUCGCAGAAGAAGAGUUCUGUCUAGGGUUUCAAAUGCAGACAAUCGGGAUUCCCGUGAAUCUAGAAGGAGAAGAUUGAGCUGAAUGAUUCCUGACAGAAUAAGAAUGCUUCGUGUAAAUCAACCUGUUGCCUACUUGGAGGUUAGCAUCUGAGAUGUGGACGUGCACUCGACCUGCUUGCGGACUUCUUAAAGUGCUUAGACGUGAAGUAUGUUGCAGGAUUUUAAGGACAGUGUAUGGUAACUGGAGUUUAUUACUGUUAUAGGCUUAAAUUUUUUCUUAGCCCUUUUGUUGACUGAUUCGUCGCUCUUUUAUAGUUUUACUGAUAUACAAAUUGCCCUGUUUUCGGCUUUUGAUUGAAUGGUUUUGGUGUACUUUUUCAUAAUUACAAUGUGAGGAUAGUAGUGGUAUAUGGAUAUGAAUGAAGUUUUAAAAGAUU